GGUGGGUUCAGAAAACGAAAGCAUGACAAUUUUCCACAUGGUCAAAGAAGAGAGGAAAAAGAGAAUGUUAAUCCGUCUUCAGCUCUGAUGACAUCUUUUAAAUCAUUUCAGCUGGAGCUUGACACCAGGCAUGAUAAAUAUGAACGGCUUGUGAAGCUCAGUCGUGAUAUAACUAUCGAAAGCAAAAGAACGAUUUUUCUGCUCCACAGGUUUACCAGUGCUCCCAAUGGGGAAGAAAUACUAAAUGAAUCUGAAAUCAAGCUAGAUGCUGUCCGACGGAAGAUUAAGCAGGUUGCACAAGAACUGAUCGGAGAAGACAUGUAUCAGUUCCACAGAGCUAUAUCUCCAGGACUUCAAGAAUAUGUUGAGGCAGUCUCAUUUCAGUAUUUUAUCAAAACACGAUCUUUGAUUAGCGUUGAAGAGAUCAACAAACAACUAAUAUUUACAGCGGAAGACAGAGAAGAAACAACAAACAUGACCUCCGAUUCCCAUGAUAAACAACCACACACUUGGAGCCUGAAGGUAACACCUGUAGAUUACCUGCUGGGAGUGGCUGAUCUAACUGGAGAGCUGAUGCGGCUGUGCAUCAGCAGUGUUGGAAAUGGGGACAUAGACACGCCUUUUGAACUGAGCCAGUUCUUACGUCAGAUUUAUGAUGGUUUUACUUUCAUUGGCAACACUGGACCUUAUGAAGUAUCUAAGAAGCUGUAUACCUUGAAACAGAGUCUGGCAAAAGUAGAGAAUGCCUGCUACACAUUAAAAGUACGGGGAUCUGAAAUCCCAAAGCACAUGCUGGCUGAUGUGUUCUCCACCAAAACAGAAUUGAUUGACCAAGAGGAGGGUCUUUCUUAAAAUAAGGAGACUGUCACAAGUCAGACGGGAAGAGG